GUUUCCUCAGCCCAAGCAAACAGCUCAUCCCCUGCAUGUAUACUUCGCCCAUUUAAAAACUAAGAACAGCCUAGAAUCUCUCCUUUCAGAUAUCUCCCUGACGAAACGCUCCUGCCCUUGAAAAUGACGAUUUUAUUUCACAGCGCAAGCGGCUCCGCUCUCCUUAUCAGAAUCUUACUGAUUUCCACCACCGUCGUAUCCGCCGCCGUGAUGUUGAAGAUCUUCGAAUCUCCUAUCACCGAUUUCCUCGUCCGCGACCUCCCGUCCACCUGGAACGCCGUCGUUUCAUGGCUCCGUCCUCCCUACCUGUACCUCGUCAUCAAUUGCAUCAUCAUCACCAUCGCCGCCACUUCCAAGCUCCAGGUCACGACUGAUGAUGAUGAAAUGCCAACUCCGCCGCUUGAUACGCCGGUCGAGGUUCACUCCGUUACGCCUCGGACCAAGGAAAUUCAAACUCCGGCCGUCGAUUUCCCCGGCAUCAAUCGGCACUACGACGAUUUCAUUUUAGACAAUCAGGCGCCGGUAGUGUUGCCGGAGGUUUCCGCCGCAAAUAGGAAUAGCGUCUACCCGGAUACGGUGGAGAGUCCGCCAUACGGACACAUUAAUUCUGUGGUUCAACAGAGAGUUGAAGCUUGUAAUGUUCCAGAAGACGAAGUGGAUGGUGAUGAGAAAGAAGAUGAGUUUAUAAUCUCGAGAUCGCCAUGGAUGCCGUUGAGCAGGCAAGAUUCGUCUGGAUAUGGGGAAUUGGCUGAGAAACCACUGGCUUCUUCCAGAUUCAGUCACCGGAAGAAUGCCAAUAAAUCCGCUCCUGACGGUGGCAAAUCCCCUUUGGCAGUGUCAAAGCCUAAACGGCAGGAUACUCUUGAGAGCACAUGGAAGAUGAUAACAGAAGGGUGGGGGAUGCCGUUGACAACGCGGCACUUGCGCAAGUCAGACACCUAUGGCAGCCAGAACCCUUUGAGGCCAACCUCACCUCAGAAAAAAAUGACAAAGUCUGAAACGUUCAAUAAUGACCGUUCACCGGGGAACGGAGACGUUUGCAAGUCAUCCCCGAGUCCCCGGUCGAAGUCAGGGAAAUUGAAAAGAGAGCCCUCGUUGGGUCAGGAUGAGCUGACCCGGCGAGUGGAGGCAUUCAUAAAGAAGUUCAACGAAGAAAUGAGGUUGGAGAGGCAGGAAUCGCUAAUCCAAUACAAGAAGAUGAUAAAUGGCAGAGGACAUUAGAAUUCCGAGAAUAUGCCCUAUUGAGUCAUCCGCCCAUUUGAAGGGAUGUCCGCCAAUUUGAAUGCAAUACAGAGCGGCAGAAUGUAGUCCCUCCUUUUAUAUCCCUCUUAUAAGUUACCUGUGAAAACAAAACAAACUAUCUUUUAGUACAGAGUUUCUUGAUUUUUAUUCCGUAACAAGGUGCAUGUAUUUUAAUGAUAAUACCAUGUGUGUUUCUAAAGAAGUUUUGUCACCUAUGGAAUUAGAUUGUAGAGGGCUCC